CACAGGCGAAGGAGGGGAGAUCGCUGCUGCGUCCUUGCGCGGACGCCGGGAGGGAUCCCUCUGAUGAUCUGACGGAUCCUUUGAGGGAGCCCGGCAACAGGGCACCAAAGGGCCGGCUGCAUAGAUGCCCUACUGACAACCAGUGAGGUCUUCGGCUUCGUGGGAUGGAUCCUGCCCCCGGCUCGGACAUGGAUGGAGGGGGCGGCCCCGGCGAAGCGGAUGAGCUGGCCAACGCCGCUGCCCGGGGAGACCUGGAGACCUUGAGGCGGCUGCUGGAUGGUGGGGCGGACCCCAACGCGGUGAAUCGCUUCGGCAGGGCCCCGAUCCAGGUUAUGAUGAUGGGGAACCCCGGGGUAGCUCAGUUGCUUCUGCAGAGAGGAGCGGAUCCCAACCGCCCCGACCCGUCCACGGGCACGUUCCCGGUCCACGACGCGGCCCGCGGGGGCUUCCUGGACACGCUGCGGGUCCUGCGCCGAGGGAGCGCUCGCUUCGACGUGCGGGACCGCUGGGGACGCCGCCCGCUGGACUUAGCUGAAGAAAGUGGCCAGAGCCGGGUGGUCGCUUACCUCCAGGCGCCAUCGGGCUGAAACUGUCUUGACUUGAGAUCCGGGAUGAAGUCAGAGGACCACGCCGAGAGCUCCCCACCCCGCCGCCGCCGCCAGAGGAGAAUCGCGGGCGCGUAAACUUAAGACCCUUUGGCUUGGCUCUUGAACGCCACCCGUCAGAGACAAGGGAGAUGGAGCUACAAUUUCGACGCCAGCAUACUCUACGAUUCUGCUUCGUUUGAAAUGUGGCUUGUUAGAUGUUUACAUGCUUCCACUAAGCAUGGAGAAUGGGUAUGUCGGUUCGUGGGACAGUGUCUCCUGGUCUCUCACCCAUGCCAGUCAUGUACAAUGAUGUUCUAAAAGGAAACUGAGACAAUAGUCCAGGGAUUGGAGAUUCAUGGCUGCCCAGAUUUUGCGGGAUGAACAAUUUCCAUUUAUCCUUGACCGUGAUUCCCCACAGUGGAUGGGGUUGGUGUAGCAGUGCUGGAUUUAGGGCAGUGUGGGCAGGAGACACACACACACACCCCCAUCCACCCACAGGGCACUGAGCCAAGGGGGUGAAAAAUUGAGAAGAUCCAUUUCAGGGUGCCUUGCACAGGGUGCCAUAGAACCAUAGAAUUGUAGAGUUGGAAGCGACCACAAAGGCUCACUUAGUCCAACUGCCUGCACUGCAGAAAUCUUUUUGCCUAAUGUGGGGCUCCAACUCAGGAGCCUGAGAUGAAGAGUCAAGACACACACACCCCAUCUGCAAGAGCCCCAGUCUCAGAUUAUGAAGCUCUGCUCUGGUUUGUGUUAUGGAUGUUAACAGUGUUCCUUGUGUGGAAUGUAAAUAGCACUUUGAAAUGUAGUAUUGGGGAGUAUUGGGGACGCGGGUGGUGCUGUGGGUUAAACCACAAAACCUAGGGCUUGCUGAGUGGAAGGUCGGCGGUUUGAAUCCCUGCGACGGGGUGAGCUCCCGUUGCUCGGUCCCUGCUCCUGCCAACCUAGCAGUUCGAAAGCACGUCAAAGUGCAAGUAGAUAAAUAGGUACCGCUCCGGCGGGAAGGUGAACGGCGUUUCCGUGCGCUGCUCUGGUUCACCAGAAGCAGCUUAGUCAUGCUGGCCACAUGCCCCGGAAGCUGUACGCCGGCUCCCUCGGCCAAUAAAGCGAGAUGAGAGCCGCAUCCCCAGAGUCGGUCACGACUGGACCUAAUGGUCAGGGGUCCCUUUACCUUUACCUUAUUGGGGAGAAUGAAGAUUGUGCCAACCUGUCACCUCUUGCCUAAAUGCACUCUGCUUCGUUGCCAUGGUUUUUCAUUUGCACAAGUUAUGCCUGUUAGUUUUUCCUUGAAGGCCCCAAGGGAAAAAUUAACGGAGGAAGGAAAGGAUGAAGGAUGGCCUUUGCAAUAUAAUUGUGAGGCUAAUGCUAAUAACACACACAUCACCUUUUUUUAAAAUUCAUCCGCCAAUUUCUUUUUAAGAAGUUCACACAAACACUUUCGAAUUCUUCAAGUGUCAGAAUGAAUCCUUCAAUCUGACUAUAUGAGACAGAUAAUCCAUAUUAACGCCAUGCAAUCAGGUUUCAAGGAAGCAAUGCCUGGAUAAACGUGAGACCCUGAAAAUGUUAAAUAUGCAGUCGGGGUGCUUCCAGACAGAAAUUGAAUACAUUGCAAAUGGGUCAUUGGCAACAAGUUUUAGUUUUUUCCUUUUCACUUAUCUGGUUUUUCCUGGAAAAAUCUGGAUUAAAUGUGAGCGAAGAUAGAGAUUGCCAUUUGUAUGCCAACAGCA